GCCUCCAAGAUUCUCCUCGGUAGUCGGUACUCCGUACUGUCUACUACUCUUUCAUUUCCGCCCAAGCAGGUGGUGAAAAGCUACUCCGCUACUCAUACUAUCAUGGAUGUUACCUGAAUACACUUGCAGUCUGGAGUACCUCCUAUUGCUGACGCUCCAUUUGCCAUCGGCAAUUGAGCUGCCAGUUCCGUGCACACUAACAAUAAAGCACGAAACCAGAUUCCGAGACAUCCUGGUGUCGAAGCAAGGAACGCUUAUCCAUCAACAACAAGGCUGCCGCACCUUGUCAACAAAUCCUUCCUCAAAGUAUGCUACACACAUGGUCAUUGCUCAUAGACAGACACAGCGACGAGAGACUCCUAGAAUUGUUCCAUCCUGCCUGAAGGGGCUAAAGAUGGAGUCUGAAUCGGGUUACCGAUCAGAACCUUAUCAAAAUGAUAAGAUACACGGCCAACCCGCAUUAAAGUUUUCAACGCAAUGAUCGUCUAGCCCUGCGAAAUAGUGCGAAUCCGAAUUUCCGAAGGCCUGGCCUUGCAUUUCAGCUGA